CAGAGAGCUGAAGUCAUCAGUUAGUGAUCGAGAGAGGUGGAGAGUGAAUGAGCGCUGGUAGAGAGACAGAAACCCAUUCAACCUUGAUGAUGCAGACAGAGCUGUGAAACUUUGUGUCUAAACCCCCGGUAUUUGUAAUGACAAAACGGAGUAAGGAGAUUUUCCCGUUUCGUUUGAGUUUUCGCGCCGCAAACAAUAAGUUUCAGUGAGAUGUUAAUUCGAACAUCUUGCACGCCGGGCGUAAAAAAGUAACCUUCGUAACUCCCACCUGGACGCGCUGAAAAGUACAUUAUUGGAUCAGAUCAGAGGGGAAUACUUGGAGAUGAUGAAUUGUAUUUGAUCACCAUGGAAGGCUAAUUCAGAAUUUUUAUUUACUUCGCCGUUUCAUCAGCCUCUUUUAGAUGGAAAGAUAGUGGUUUUAGUUAUUUUCGUGGAAUGAGUUAUUGUCUACGGAUACCAUCAGUGGUACAUACACGGAUUGUUUCCAGGAUGUUACUGCCAAGACGGCCCAGGUGCAUUUGGGCCUUCGUAAGUGCUGUUUCUCUCGCUCCUGAGCUGGGUUGGGAGUUGAACUCUUUUUAGGAAUCAGUAACGUGCUACCAGAAAUCAGCGAAAUACAGUCGCAGGUUGGCAGAGGACAUUGACAUUGACACAGCAAGCAUCAUCCUCAUCCCUGGGUUACUAUGCAAUUACAAUUGAUCUCCUUUGUUUUGAUCUUGCGCUGUAUGGAGUACACUAAUUGUCAGCAACACGCCUCCAGGCACCGGCACAAACAGACCAUCCCGGGGUGUCAGAGCGGGUGCCUGACGUGUUCGGAGUACAAUGGCUGCCUGUCCUGCAAGCCGCGGCUCUUCAUCUUCCUGGAGAGGAACGGCAUGAAACAGACAGGCGUGUGUCUGCCCUCCUGUCCCAGCGGUUACUACGGCACCCGCUCCCCGGACAGAAAUGACUGCACUAAGUGCCGGCCGGAGUGUGACUCCUGCUUCACCAGCAACUUCUGCACUCGCUGCCGGCCCGGCUUCUACCUGCACCAGGGGAAGUGCCUGCAGACCUGCCCCGAGGGUCGAGUGGCCAGUACCACCCAGCGCGAGUGUGUUCCCGAGUGCCCUGCAGACUGCGACAACUGCGUGAACAGUGACACAUGCACCAGGUGUGCAGCCGGCUUCUUCCUCCUGCAAGGAAAGUGCCUCCACACCUGCCCUGAGGAGUACGAGCCCAGCGACCUGGCCCUUGAGUGUAUCCCUCAAGUGCACUGUGAGGUGGAUGAAUGGAGCGAAUGGAGCCCCUGCUCUCGCCCGGGCAAGACGUGCGGCUUCAAGCGGGGUGAGGAGUCGAGAACCCGGAAGGUUCUCAGGACCCCCUCUCCACAGGGCAACCCCUGCCCCCCCAUCCACGAGAAAAGGGACUGCGUGGUGAAGAAGAAAAAGUGCCCAGGCCGACGGCCGGACAGGAAGAACCGCAACAACCGAAGGGACAAAGAGAACACAGAGAGUCGUCACGAGAGGAAGAGAGACAGGGACAAAGAAAGGAAGACUGCUGCCACCGCUGCAGCUGCAGGUGGAGAGCAGGAGGACUCAGAAAACAGGAAUAAGACGGAGCGGCGACGUCGGAGGGGCCAUGCAAGGAACCCCACCUCUAUGGACGGAGGCACUGGGCAAUAGCGGGCCCCAACCACCCCCACCCCCCUCAAGCCCACUUGCCCUUGCCUCUCACCCCCUUAUCCCCUUGCUUAGGGGGUGCUGCUGCUACCUGUAUAAUUUAAAUAUAUACUGUAUAUGCACAAGAGAGGGAAAGGGCCACGUCAUGGUGCACAUGAUGACAGACACUUGGGUCGAGCCCAAAGCCCAGGCCAAAACCCCCCUGAGAUGUUCUAACAGCGAAUUAGAGACCUGUGAAAUGAAUAUAUGCUGUUUGCUGCAUUAGUGAUGGGACAGUGGAGACGGCUGCCAGAUAGGAGAAACCAUGUGAGGACUUCUUUUGUUGUGUCAGGAUGAUGUUGUGUUUGGUGAACCUGUUUGGUGAAUCUAAAGAGAAAUAAAUCAACUAAAAUACCCCACCUUAGCCCCACCACCCUGCCCUGGUACAGCAACGCGCCAUGGUUUGAAUGUAGGUUUUAUGUAGAACAUGUUGUUUAAACGUCAAUACUUCUUUUCUGAUUAAAUUAAAAAGUGAGCAUGCUUGCUGGCAUCUUGGAUAUUGCCUGUGGUAGAGAGCAAGCUCUACUGACUGCAUGUGUAUUGGUGUAUAUAUGUGUAUAGGGCAAAAAGGACAGGUUGUUUUUGUUUUUGUUAUUGUUUUUCUUGCUCAUUGCCCUCAGAACAAAGUGUUGGUUUGCCUGUCUGUAUUCACAGGAUCUGUGCUUCUGAAGCCAUCUGAACAAAAGUCAAAAAGCACCUGUACUUCAAAUAAAAUAUAUUA